GUUGUUGUUGUUGUUGUUGUUUUUUACCUUGCUCCUUUUACAGUUGAAUCUGCAUGUUGUAGCCCAUGAUAAAAUAAACAAAGAGGAUAUAGUAGAUCAAAUAACAAAUCAGGGAGAUUCAUACCUUGACAGGCCAAAUGCAACACCAGCAGAAGAGCCAUCAGAGAAGUAAUGAGAUUGACCUCUUUUGGCAAGGCAUUCCAGUUUUCAAGUGUGGCCAUAGAAGUGUGAUUUAGUAAUAUAAUGUUAAGAAACAAUUCUGUGAGACUGUCUAGAGAUAUCAUGUAUGCUGCUUUCUCAUCCUUCUAAGCUUAUUAUCUGCUUUUCUAUUGGAAAUACAAUGUUGUUUAAGACUAUGCACUAUUCCUCCCUGUGCACCCUCUACAGUAUUUAGACUCUGUCUCUUGAACCUAUGCAAUGUUUCAGACACUUGAGCCAAGAGAAGGAAAGGAACAUUGUAAUAUUAGGGGAGUCAUGAAGGUGCUGUAAGAAAUCGAGAGCUUUUCUCUCUGAAAAAGACCACCUUAAAUACCUUGACCAAGAUAACACAAGGGGCUGCAUUCACACUGCUCCUUGAUUACCAACUUUACUACUACAGUAGCUACUGGAAAAGCCUGUACAGUAUUGGUAUUUGAGCCAACAUGGUUCUCUGCACCAGAAAGGGAUACUAUAAAUGUAGCAUUCACCUCUUCUGGCUGAUGUGUUUGGUCCAGUUUAGUUGUUACUGGAAAUGGUCAAUAAUAGUUUCAAGCAUUUCAGGGAAGCUGGUAUUAAGAUGGAGACACUUACAGGCGGACAGGUGGCACGGUUGGUGUUCCUGACUGGAGAUAGCUGAGUAGAGUAUUUUUUGUUAAAAGCUGUCCCCCUUUAUUCUGUAGUCUCUCUCAGGAAAUGAGAGUGCAGUUUGGGGGUGGAUCCAGGCCCCUAAGGAAUUAUCUGAAUGCUUUACCUUAUUGUAGGCAAAUAGGGAGAGCACAAACUCACCACCUCCUGAAAUGCCCCACAUUUUUCAAGAUUCUCCUAAAGGGGGUGAGGUGCUAUAUUGCUAUGUGACUGUGACAUUUGAUGAGCCAUUGUCACUCGUGGCCCUUUCAAAGUUGUUGGAUUACAGCUCUCAUCAUCCUUUGCCAUGGUAGCUGGGGCUGAUGAGAGUGAGUCCAGCAAAUGCCCCCCCUUGCAAUAGUAGCUUCAGCAUUUCUGUUUCCACCUCAACUGUUUAGCUCACCCCCCCCCCCAUAUCUUUUUUCUCAUAAUGAAGAAGGCUAGACUAAGGCAUGCUAGUCUCAGAGGUAUGUGUGUGUCUAUGUAGAAAUGGUUAAGACUGAGAUUCAUUGCAGAAGAAAUAUACACGUUUCUGAGUACAACUGCAGAAGACUUUUUCAUUCAUACUAGCCUGUUUUCUGCCAUGCAGACUUAUGAUGAUGCUGGUGAUUGACGACACAUUUUUUCACAUAGCCUGAAUAUGUGUAAGACAGGGAGAGAAUUUUCCUGGAAUCGCUGGGAGGUAAACACUACAUCAAGCCAUGGCUGGAGCAAUCUGUCCUUCCUGUGGCUUGCUGUGUGUGGCAGGCCACACUUGAUUAAAAAAUUGGAAGAGGGGCUAAAUGAAAUGUCGGCUUUUGUCGCUUGACUCUGGGAUUGAUUUUUUUUGGCUCUGGCCAGUGCAGUUCCAUCACUGAGCCUCUUGGUUAUGAAGCUUAUUUUCACUGAGCACAUUCCCCUCUGAUGGGCUCCCAUUGAGAAGCUAAUGUGCGGCGCUGAUCUUUCAAGGGAGCCGAGCUUGCAGUACAAGCUGCCUUUCUGAGUGUAUUGAUCACAGGGCGGCCUUUCGGGUGGCAAAGGGUGUUAUACUUCAUUAGCUGGGUUGGCGGUUUAGGCAGCUGCUUUUCGCUGGUGCAGAAUAGAUUAAAGCUUCAAGUACAGACCUUUAAAAGAAAAGAAAUCUAGCAAAGGCCUUGAGAGUACAACAGUUUAAAUAAAAUGCCAGCUGCUAAAGCAAUAAAUAUACAAUCAAUAAUAAGCAAUAAAUGUGAAACCUGGAUACCGAGGCUAAAUACUGAGCACUAGCUUAGGUGAAUUGGUUGCUCCUGUAACCUACUAGCUGUCUGGGCAUUUUGGGUGGAAUUCAGUGGCAUGUUCUCUUCCUUCCCAUCCUCGUGGUGUAUCCUUAUGGUAAUUCUAAACCUGGGGUAUAAGUGCAAAGAUGAGCUUCAUAUUAUAGUUAUUUAUGGUUAUGGAACACAAUGUUUAUAUGACAUUUAGUGUGCAGAAUCAGAAAAUUUCUUGGAGUUGGUGGGGGGACUUCAAAGCUAAGUUUUCCUUGGAGAAGACCCAGUGAAAUUAGUUGACCAAACUUGCUCAUGGGCAUUAAUUUCAAUGAGCCUUUUCUGAACAGGUUUGGCAUUUGAAAUGACCCUGUGUAAAAGUGAUCAUGACACCCUUUUUAACCUCCUUUUUUUAGAUUUAACUGAGGUAGCAUUAAACAGCUAAAGCUAAAAACCGCAAUAAAAGAAAAGAGGACAGAGUUUUUGAAUUAUCUAUCCCCACAGUGCUGGUGGUGGUCCACAAAUCCUCCAUUUUCUGGUUACCUGUGCAUUGCAGUGUGGGGAAUGUGUUUUGUUUGUGGAAGCAGCUAUAAUUUUGGGGAGGGGCAAAACCAUCAAUGUAUUUAUUACUUCCUGGUGUGCUCUGGUGCAUGGGGUCACGAAGAGUCGAACACGACUAAACAAAAACAACAACAAUCAUUGCAUUAAUGAGUUUGGGAGGGGUGGUUGAAAUGUUUUUUGUUCCCGUGCAAUGCCAUGUUUUGUUUGAAAACAAAGCUGGCACGGGGUGUGUGGGUGCACCUGCAUUAGUACAUCUCACAUUGCAUUAGGUGUAGUUCUUCUCCAGUGUAAUGUUAAAAGGGAGCGCCUGCUGACAGAUGGAUAUUUAUUCUCCUGUGCAAAAAGGGGGCCGGUGGUGUAGGCGGAUUUUAACAAAAUGGCUUACUGGUUGAAUCAACUGCAACCCAAUCCUUCUGUGUAGCCAUGAUGCCUCUAAUGUGCCACUGAAUUGGCAUUUUUUGCCUUUCGCAUCCUCAGCGUUAUUUGUCCCGUUUCCCCCCCCCCCGCCCCCGCUGUUUUAAAUGUUCCUCCACCUCUCUCCUUUUUGAUCUGUGUCUUCUCCACGCCGUGUGAGUGUUUGAUCUGCAUUCGUGAGAACCGAAGCAGGAAGGUGGGGGGGGGAAGAGAGAGAGAAGGAAGAAGGUUGCUUUUGCAUUAAUAUUCCUGGGCUGCUGCUGCAUCUCGCUCGCGCUCGGAUGUGAGCAGCGGCAGAUCACUCGCGGGGAUGCUUUGCCUCUUUAAUAUCUUGCUUGCAGAUGCAUUUUCUAGCUGACCACGCUAUUAAAGAGCCGCCAUCAAUCACCCAGCCAGCUUCUCCCUGUUCCGGCUCGGAUUGGGGCGGGGGAAAAGAAAUCUAGGAAGGGAGGCAGGAGCUGUGCACGCUCGCUCGCAUCGCCCAGCAUUGGCAAGGAUGUCGAGCAGCCCGUGAGCCAAGGCAUCCUACUGGCCCUGGUCAGCACAGAGCCGGGGGGCUGGCUGGCUCGGAGUCGGUGGCCCCCGCCGGGCCGCCCUCCCGCCGUUUUGCACUGAGUCUGGUCGGGAGGCAGCGCCAGGCUGGUGGACUCCGCUCCGGGUUUUCCCGCGCGCCGCCGCUUGUUGUCUUUGGGAGGCUGUGCUUCUCUCUCCCUCUCCUGGUGUCUGGGUUGAAAGCAAAAGCGACUGGGUCACACAGAGGCAUGUGGAGGUGGCUGCAACCGAGGAGCGGCAGCUAAGGCUGGUGGAUGUGCCGCGGAGGGGCCCGAGGAGCGCAGCCCGCCGCGCUAAGGCAGGGAGCUGCCGCCGCCGCCGCCGCUUCCUCCAGUCGGGAUCCUUCUCCGGCCCGGGCAAUGCCGCCGUUGCUGCUUCUCCUCUUCUCGCCCGCACCACUGCCUGGCCCAGCAGCGGCGCUGCAGUGAAGCGGGGGCCUCCUUUUGUUCGCCAAGUGCAUCUCUCUCUCUCUUUCUUCUCUGGCCCCCUUUUUUUCUUUCUCUCUUCCCCUCUCCUCCUCCUCCUCCCUUCCUUCCUCUUCCUCCCCCCUCCCUCCUCCAUGGGCAUUGCAUGUGGGAUUGAACGCAGUAGCAGCAGCCCCCUCUUCCUUUUCUGCGUGCCCUGGAGAAGCAGCUCGAGGUCCGCCGGGGUCAGACUGAAACAGCUGCUGUGAUUGCAGGCUGGUUGCCUUGGCCCCGCAUCUCCAGGAAUUCUCCUCGUUGUUCUUGCCGAGCGGAAAGUCCAAGGCUGGCUGGGAGCCUUUUUAAAACGCUGGGGUUGUUGGAGUGGUCGAAUUUUUCCUGGAAUUGAGUGAGAAAUUCAGAAGACUGAAGCCCAGGCUCACUGUCUACCUUUCACGGAGGCCCAGCCGUGAGAGGACAGAAGAAGGCACCUGGCGAAUCAUGACAGCGGACAAAGAGAAGGACAAAGAGAAAGACAAGGACCGGGACCGGGACAGAGACCGAGAGCGGGACAAGCGGGAGAAGGCACGGGAGAGCGAGAACUCGCGGCCCCGUCGGAGCUGCACCCUGGAAGGCGGAGCCAAGAAUUACGCGGAGAGCGACCACAGCGAGGACGAGGACAAUGACAACAACGGCGCCACCACAGAGGAGUCCACAAAGAAGAACAAGAAGAAACCACCCAAGAAGAAAUCUCGCUAUGAGAGAACGGACAACGGAGAAAUCACCUCUUUCAUCACAGAGGAUGAUGUGGUCUACAGACCUGGAGAUUGUGUGUAUAUUGAGAGUCGGCGACCAAACACUCCGUACUUCAUUUGUAGCAUUCAAGACUUCAAAUUGCUCAGUGGUAGAGCACCCGCUCCGCGUGUAGGUGAUCCCAGAUUGAAUCUCCAGCAUCUGCAGAGCAAACGGGACCACCUUCUCAUGAACGUCAAAUGGUACUACCGCCAGUCUGAAGUUCCAGAUUCUGUGUACCAGCAUUUAGUUCAGGACCGACAUAAUGAAAAUGAUUCUGGGCGUGAGCUGGUAAUUACCGACCCAGUGAUCAAGAACAGAGAGCUUUUCAUUUCGGACUAUGUCGACACCUAUCAUGCUGUUGCUCUUAGAGGAAAGUGUAAUAUCUCCCAUUUCUCUGACAUAUUUGCUGCUAGAGAAUUUAAAGCCCGGGUGGAUUCCUUUUUCUACAUUCUGGGCUACAAUCCAGAGACAAGGCGGUUGAACAGCACACAGGGUGAAAUCCGGGUUGGGCCUAGUCAUCAGGCCAAACUCCCAGAGCUGCAGCCAUUCCCUUCCGGAGACAGCGACACAGUGACGCAGCACGAGGAGCUUGUGUGGAUGCCUGGGGUCAAUGACUGCGACCUGCUCAUGUACCUGAGGGCAGCACGGAGCAUGGCAGCUUUUGCUGGGAUGUGUGACGGAGGAUCCACAGAAGAUGGGUGUGUCGCAGCCUCCCGCGAUGACACUACUCUCAACGCACUCAACACACUACAUGAAAGCAACUACGAUGCCGGCAAAGCCCUCCAGCGCCUGGUGAAGAAGCCUGUGCCCAAACUCAUUGAGAAGUGCUGGACAGAAGAUGAAGUGAAACGCUUCAUUAAAGGGCUCAGACAGUAUGGGAAGAACUUCUUCAGGAUCCGAAAAGAGCUGCUUCCCAAUAAGGAAACAGGAGAAUUGAUCACCUUCUAUUACUACUGGAAGAAAACCCCCGAAGCGGCCAGUUCCCGGGCUCACCGCAGGCAUCGGAGGCAAGCAGUGUUCCGGAGAAUUAAAACCCGAACAGCUUCCACUCCGGUGAAUGCUCCCUCCAGGCCCCCCUCCAGCGAAUUCUUGGAUCUGAGUUCAGCCAGUGAAGAUGACUUUGACAGCGAGGACAGCGAGCAAGAGUUGAAAGGCUACGCCUGCCGCCACUGCUUCAGCACCACCUCCAAGGACUGGCACCACGGCGGGCGGGAGAACAUCUUGCUGUGCACUGACUGCCGCAUCCACUUCAAGAAGUACGGGGAGCUUCCCCCCAUCGAGAAGCCAGUGGAUCCGCCACCCUUUAUGUUUAAGCCUGUCAAAGAGGAAGAUGAUGGGCUCAGUGGGAAGCAUAGCAUGAGGACAAGGCGGAGUCGAGGCUCGCAGAUGUCGACACUACGCAGCGGUCGCAAAAAGCAGCCACCCAGCCCUGAUGGUAGAGCCUCCCCCAUCAACGAAGACAUCCGGUCCAGCGGCCGGAACUCCCCCAGCGCUGCCAGCACUUCAAGCAAUGACAGCAAGGCGGAUUCAGUGAAGAAGUCCAGCAAGCAGCAGAAGAUAAAAGAGGAGGCAUCGUCUCCUCUCAAGAGUUCCAAGAGACAGAGAGAAAAGGCAGCAUCUGACACCGAGGAGCCCGACCGAAUUAACGCCAAGAAAACCAAAACACAGGAGAUCAGCCGGCCCAACUCCCCAUCCGAAGGUGAAGGGGAGAGCUCUGACAGCCGCAGCGUGAAUGAUGAGGGCAGCAGCGACCCGAAGGACAUCGACCAGGACAACCGGAGCACCUCGCCCAGCAUCCCCAGCCCCCAGGACAAUGAGAGCGACUCAGAUUCAUCCGCCCAGCAGCAAGUCUUGCAGGCGUCCAAUGGCCUGGCCCAGCCCACACCCGCCUCCAUCCCUGUCUCAGCACAGCUGCCACUGCCGGCCACCUCUGGCCUCCCCUCUUCGGUGCCUCCCCACAUCUCCCCAUCCGUCUCCCAGUCAGGAAGCAGCCAGCCUCAGGCCCCGGUGCCGCCCCACUCUCACAUCCAGCAGGCCCCUUCGCUGCACCCACAGAGGCUGCCGUCUCCUCACCCGCCGCUGCAGCCCCUGACUGUGCCCUCCAGCCAGCCCCAGGCUCCCGCCGUCCCACAGCCCCACCCACAGCCUCCGCUCCACAGCCAGAUCCAGCCCCUCCCUCACAACAUCCAGGCGCAGCCGCUCCUGCCUCACCCAGUCCCCGCCCAACCGUUCCCCCUCGCGCCGCAGCCUCCCCCGCUGCCUUCGUCCUCGUCUCAGUCUCAGGUCUCCCUGCAGCCACAGGCUGUGCCCCAUCCCCAUGCAGCACUCCAAGUCCCAUCGGUCCAGCCCCCCUUGCAGGCGCCGUCUCCGCUGCAGCAGCAGCCCCCGCCGCCACGAGAGCAGCCCCUCCUCCCAGCCCCUCUGACGAUGCCUCACAUCAAGCCACCUCCAACUACCCCCAUCCCUCAGCUCCCCAUGCCGCCGUCCCACAAGCAUCUUGCGGGGCCCUCACCAUUCUCCAUGAACUCCAACCUCCCGCCACCGCCAGCCUUGAAGCCGCUCAGCUCCCUCUCCACGCACCACCCGCCCUCCGCCCACCCUCCUCCCUUGCAGCUGAUGCCCCAGAGCCAGCCGCUGCAGCCUUCCCCAGCGCAGCCCCCUGUCCUGACGCAAAGCCAGGGCCUCCCUCCCUCUACCAGCCACUCCUCCUCCAGCCUCCACCAGGUACCUCCCCAACCCCCUUUCCCCCAGCACCCGUUUGUCCCCGGGGGGCCACCACCCAUCACGCCUCCCUCCUGCCCGUCGACCUCCACGCCGCCUUCCGUGCCUGGCGCCCCUCCUCAGGCAACAGGCUCCACGUCGGCAGCCUGCAGUGGGAACGUCCCCGUGGUGACGCCCUGCACGAUGCCACCCAUCCAGAUCAAGGAAGAGGCUCCGGAUGAGGCGGAGGAGCCGGAAAGCCCACCUCCCCCACCCCGGAGCCCAUCGCCAGCGCCGACAGUGGUGGACACGCCAAGCCAUGCCAGCGAGUCAGCUAGGUUUUACAAGCACCUGGACCGCGGCUACAACUCCUGCGCAAGGACAGACCUGUACUUCACGCCGCUGGCAGGUUCCAAGCUGGCCAAGAAGCGUGAGGAGGCCAUUGAGAAGGCCAAGAGGGAGGCGGAGCAGAAGGCAAGAGAAGAGAGGGAGCGGGAGAAAGAGAAGGAAAAGGAGAGGGAGAGAGAGCGUGAGCGUGAGAGAGAAGCUGAAAGAGCGGCGCAGAAAUCAUCCAGCUCGUCACACGAAGGACGUCUUGGAGAAUCCCAGCUGAGUGGCCCAACUCACAUGAGGCCGUCAUUCGAACCUCCUCCCACCACCAUCGCUGCCGUCCCCCCAUACAUUGGACCCGACACGCCGGCGCUACGGACCCUCAGCGAGUACGCGCGCCCUCAUGUCAUGUCCCCCACCAACCGCAACCACCCCUUCUUCGUGCCCCUCAACCCCACCGACCCUCUGCUGGCCUACCACAUGCCCGGCCUCUACAACGUGGACCCCACCAUGCGGGAGAGGGAGCUGCGGGAGAGAGAGUUGCGGGAGAGGGAGCUGCGGGAGAGGGAGCUGCGGGAGAGGAUGAAGCCAGGCUUCGAGGUGAAGCCACCGGAACUCGAUGCGCUUCACCCCGCCACCAACCCCAUGGAGCACUUUGCCCGCCACGGCGCCCUCACUAUCCCCCCUACGGCGGGCCCGCACCCGUUUGCAUCCUUCCACCCGGGCUUGAACCCCCUGGAGCGGGAGAGACUCGCUCUGGCAGGCCCCCAGCUGCGGCCUGAAAUGAGCUACCCGGACAGACUAGCCGCCGAGAGGAUACAUGCGGAGCGUAUGGCAUCACUCACCAACGACCCCUUGGCCCGACUGCAGAUGUUCAACGUCACACCGCAUCAUCACCAACAUUCGCACAUACACUCGCAUCUACACCUCCAUCAACAGGACCCGCUGCAUCAAGACUGUUUGGCCACCCGAUGUCACUGCGAACACUCCAGACAGAGAAGCUCGGCAGGACCUGUCCAUCCCCUCGUGGACCCCUUGGCAGCCGGGCCCCAUUUGGCGCGCUUCCCUUAUCCUCCCGGCACUAUCCCAAACCCGUUGCUAGGGCAACCGCCCCACGAACACGAAAUGCUCCGGCACCCGGUCUUUGGUACCCACUACCCACGUGACCUCCCUGGCGGCAUCCCUCCUCCCAUGUCAGCAGCCCACCAGUUACAGGCCAUGCAUGCUCAGUCAGCAGAGCUUCAGAGACUAGCCAUGGAGCAGCAGUGGCUGCAUGGGCACCCCCACAUGCACGGGGGCCACCUCCCCAGCCAAGAAGACUAUUACAGCCGGCUGAAGAAAGAAAGUGACAAGCAGUUGUAAUAAAUUAUUUAUUUGUAAUUCUGGCUGCAGAAGAUCCCAGUCCUUGGGAAGAAAUGGAAUGUGUUUAUCCACACACACACACACACACACACACACACACACAGCGAAAAACAAGAGAUUUUUAUCGUUUAAAUAUACCCUUCUCUAUUUAAAAUGAAAAAGGAGAAAAAACAAAUAAGGAAGCCCAACCUAUAGAGACUUUUAAAAUCAGCACAUAUAUUACAGAAUUCAUUUGUAGAGAAGAUUUUUCCAAGAUCAGUUUCAGGAGUCUCCUUGCAUGAUAAAACCUGUUAAGAAGCCUGUUGAGAGAGAAACAACCCCCUCAGAACUGGAUGGAAGUAUUCAGAGGAAAUUCCUUGGGCAUUCUUGGGGGGGUUGUUUGAGGGGGUGGGUUGGGUUCGUUUUUUCAUUUUUUUUCAUUUUGAGUAGGUGCUAGAAUCAGGUUCACAACUUAAUGCAAGCCACUGUGCAUACAAAGAAAUACACUCAAUUUAUAUAUAAAUAUAUAAAUAUAUAUAUACACUUUAAAAACAAAACAAAAAAAACAAGAAUGGCAAGUAGGUGGCAUAACACCCUCUGAAAAUCCAAGUGCUAUGACAAGAAUUUUAAAAGAAAAAAAAUCUACUUUUAUUUUAAUACAUUGUAGGAAAACUUCAUAAUUUUAAAGAGAGCUUUGCAGCAUGGCUUUUUAAGUCUGUAAAUAAUUUUUUUGGGUCAGGGUUUUAAAAAAAAUUAUAAUAAUCUCCACAAACUCCUGGUUUCUUUCUUUCUUUCUUUCUUUCUUUCUUUCUUUCUUUCUUUCUUUCUUUCUUUCUUUCUUUCUCUCUCUCUCUCUCUCUCUCUCUCUCUCCUUCCAUCUCCUCUCUCUUCCUCUUGUUCUUUCUCUUCAGUAACAUCACAAAACCGUUACUUCUUACCUGAUGUUGACAAGAAUACAGAGUUGAUUUUUUAAUAUAAGAGGAAUAUAUAUAAUUAUCCCUUUAAUUAAAGGGAAGAUGAAAUGGGGGGAGGGGUCAGUAAUUUCAAAAUGGUCGAGAGCUCGACUUGACGGUUUGGUAGCAACAUGAGCAUUAAAGGGAGUUGCAGGGAUAAUAUGUUUUUUCCCUAAAAAAACAAGAACACGCAACUCUCUGUGUGUGUGUGUGUGCGUGUGUGCUGUUCUUUUUAAUUUAAUUCAUUUGUUCCAUGAACAUCCUAAAUCACUUUUCAUUCUCGUAGGUCUGUUUUUGACAUAACUCAGUUCCUCAGCUGGUAAACAAGACCGCAUAUUCCUGCAUUGGUUCUGUCGAAAAGCCGUCGCGUUUUCCACCAGCGCAAGAGGUUUUUUUUUUUUGAAGCAGAAGCUGGAAAGGUAGCAGUUUUCAAGAAAUGGGCUCUUGAAAUGUCAGGCUACCCCGGGUCUCCCCUUUCCUCCACAAACAUAGCAUUAAACUGAAACUCUGUCCUAUAAAUGUAGACACACACACACACACACACACACACACAGAGAGAGAGAGAGAGAGAGAGAGAGAGAGAGAGAGAGAGAGAGAGAGAGAGAGAGUCUAUCAAUUAAGACAACAAUAAUGUGGCGAUGUUUCUUUGGCUACAAGCCCCACAAGGAGUUCAGUUCAAGGAGGAACUUCUCCUUCCUUUUCCAUCUCAGGCAACCUCCCCUGCCAGCAUUGGAGCCCCACACCAGUCAUGAGAGCUGCUGAUAAUGGAGCACACUGUCCUUUAGAUAGCAUGGAAGUUUACAUGCAAACCAUUUCCCUUAAAGUAAUAAAAAAUAUGUUAUAAAACUUAAUUGAAUAGUGCUGAGUCAAAACUUUCCAUCCCUGACAGUUACACAUUUUGAAAGAAAAGGGAUAGGCAAAGGGGCUGCUUCAGAGCUGUGCGUUUUCGAAAUUGCCCCCAUGAACACAAAGCUUAAAUUUCACUCUUAAAAGCUGGGAGCCGCUUUGCGCUCCUGGGCUUUGUUUUUAAUCGGUCCAAUAUUAGCAGGUUUGUGUUGUUUUUGUGUGUGUGUGCUUUGCUGAUGCUAGGCACAGCAGGGGAUUUGCACCUGGUCUUACCUCAAGGGCACAAUUGACCAGGGCGGUCUCACUCUCCCCCCCCCCCUGUCCAUGGCAGCAGAGUAAAUUUCUUCCCAAAAAAAAUCCUCAUUGAAUGCUCUUUUGGGAUAUGGUGGAUAAGGCAGCCUUUUUCUUGCCUGCUGUUUGCAGUACCUUAGGAGUGAUCCUUGUUUUGUCAAAAAUGUUCACACUCUCCAAUGCACAAGGCAGGGAAACUCAGAAAGCUUAGAGCGGGGUUGACCAUCUUCUGUCAGAAGCUGUCAGUGUCACAAGCACAUGACAACUGUAUGAAUCCUGUUUUUUAUUCCCUUCCAUUUGCUAGUUUAGUUACACUUUUUUUUAAAAAAAAUGAGUUUGAUUGGUGCAGGAAUCUGCAGGGCUGUGUGAUAACACAUUUUCCUGUUAGUUGCAUUCAUAAUAACAUUUUCUGGUUCUUGUUCCUUUUGGAAGGCUGCUUCAUUUGCUGUGAAGACUGUUAUUUGUGGUGGUUCCCUGUAGGAGUCCAUUGGGUCUGAUCAGAUAACCCUGUAGCUAAUCAUUCAGCAGUCUCUUAAACAGCACAUAUGGCAGGUGGAAUUUUAAUCCAGCCUAACAGAAAUUUGGGUUCCUCCUACCUUGGUCCAAAGAUCGGAGCUUUCCCCCUGCUCCCUGACUCCUGCUCCUUCAUCCCAAACCAUCCUUUCCCAUUCGUUUCCUUACUGGUAGUCCAUGCCUCUUUUCUCUGUGCAGUGGCAGCAAAUAGCUGGUGGUUAUUAAGCCAUCCACCUGCUUUACAGCCCCUCCAGGUGGUUCUGAGGUUAGCCCUUUCCUAACUGCAGACCAUAUUUUGGUCACACAAGCCACACGGGGUGUCCUCAGAAUUGUCAUGGUCACUUCUUCUCAGGUCAGUUUCUGAACCGCCAAGAGCUGAAACACUGAACUGAGCAUCAGGAAACUCUAAAUUCAUGGUGCUAAAUGUCCAGCAAGAUGCAGGAUAACAAGACAGAGUCAUUGCUUAAAAGGCUAGCUGGCAUCUCAUGUUUUAACACUGUCAUCUGGAAUGGAAUAAACUUCGCAUAAUGAUCUGUCUUAACAGGCAGGACUUCCCCAGCUGCUUAUUAUCAAUACUCCCCUGUCUUGCCUUGUCUUUUUGAAGACACCUCCUUGCAGCAAGCAUAGUCUAGUUUUUAACUUUCAACGAGACCCACUGAAAACAGAACCAGCCGUAUUGGUGAGGGUGGCAAUAAUCCUCUCUCCAUGGUCCCCUGGCAGAAUUGGAAUUUCAGUACCUUCAGGAGACACUUAGCUUGGAUGUUGCAGACCAUCCUCCUCUGACUUGGUGCUCUCCUGGUGUUUUGGACUACAACUCCCAUCAGCCACACCCAGCUGAUGGGAGUUAUAGUCCAAAACAUCUGCAACUCGCCAGUCUAGGAAAAAGGGACAAAAGGUACCAGUUAAUUACGCCUUUCCCUCCGCAGUUUACAUGCAGUUCAUUGUGCUUCCUCAUAAGCUCUUGACCUUUUGGGUUUCUUUUUUAUGCUUGCGUUAACAGUAUGAAUCAUUCCACAGUGGUGGGGGAGCCCAGAGGUUCUUUGUCCUCAGAUCUAAAUGAUUAGCUACAGUGUUAUUUGCUCCACCUCUCCCAAGACCACCAUGCUCUGUUAGAAUAUCCCAACUUUUUACAGUUACCUUUUCAAAGAAAAAAAACUUUUUUAAAGCAAGAUUUUAUUUUUUUGCUUUGAACUUCAAAAAUCCAUUUUACUUUACUUUAUUUUGCUUUUUGUGUGCGCGUGCGUGUGUGAUUUUACUUUAUUUUUUCAAAAUCAAACCGUCUCUUGUUCUGUGUCGUCCUGGUUUGAGCUAGUUUCACUGCACCGUUUAAAAGCAGAAUAUACAUUCUGACAGCUACAUUUAUAUAUAUAUAUCUUGAGGCUUAGUGUAUAUAUUAGUAGGUUUACCAUGGGAUAACACAGUGUAAAACAGAGUAGAAAACCCAGAAAUCGUGACUUCUGUGUUCUCUCCAUUUGAGUAUUUUGUAAUUUUUUUGAAAUAUUUGUGGACAUAAAUAAAAACCAAGCUACACUA